UGGCUGUAGUGGGCGGACAUUCGCCAGCCAUUGUUAUUGUUACUCAAACUCAAACUCAACAAUGGCGAUGGCUUCUUUAUCACUCAACUCCUUACCUAUGCAACCUCCUUCUCAACACUCUCGCAAAACCACUGAUGCUCCAACAUCAACGUCUCUAAACUACGGCGGCGGCACCUUAAAGCCCAUUGUCAUUUCCGGCCACCCUCCCACCUUUGUAUCGGCUCCUGGUCGUCGCAUCGUUGCUGUUGGGGAUUUGCAUGGGGACCUUGCAAAAGCAAGAGGUGCACUCGAGUUGGCUGGUGUCUUGAGUUCAGACGGUAGUGACGUGUGGACUGGCCAAGAGACGGUCUUGGUACAGCUUGGAGAUAUACUAGACAGGGGUGAAGAUGAAAUUGCCAUAUUAUCUUUGUUGAGAUCACUGCAAAUUCAGGCUAAAGAACAUGGCGGGGCUGUUUUUCAGGUGAACGGAAAUCAUGAAACUAUGAACGUCGAAGGGGAUUUCAGAUAUGUUGAUUCCGGGGCGUUCGACGAAUGUUCCGACUUUUUAGAAUAUUUAAACGAUUGCGGCCAUGAUUGGGAAGAUGCGUUUGCAAGUUGGUGUGAAGUAUCCGAAAGCUGGAAACAAGAACGAACAAUGUCGCAUAAUGCUUGGGGAGCAUGGAACCUGGUAAAGCGGCAAAAGGGAGUAAUUGCAAGAUCGGUACUGUUAAGACCUGGUGGUCCAUUGGCAUUGGAACUCGCACGACAUCCCGUUGUUCUUAAAGUUGACGAUUGGGUGUUUUGUCACGGUGGACUUCUUCCCCAUCAUGUCACGUAUGGCAUAGAGAAGAUAAACAAUGAAGUAUCUAAAUGGAUGACUAAUGUUAACGAAGAUGACAAUGGGUCGCAAAUACCCUUUAUAGCUACCAGAGGCUAUGAUAGUGUUGUUUGGAACCGUUUAUAUUCUAGAGAUACCACUGAUUUAGAAGAUUAUAAUAUUGAACAGAUUCAGUCUAUUCUUGACACCACACUUCAAGUGGUCGGUGCAAAGGCGAUGGUGGUUGGACACACUCCACAAACUACAGGAGUCAAUUGUAAAUAUAACUGUAGCAUUUGGCGUGUUGAUGUGGGGAUGUCUAGUGGAGUUCUUGAUUCAAGACCUGAGGUGUUAGAAAUAAGAGGCGACAAGACGAGGGUAAUAAGGAGUGAAUCAGAUGCAUUCAGUGAACUUCAGGCUGCUGAUUAUAUUUAGACUUCUGUCGAAGAUGAUAAUCGGAUGUGGUUUUCGCCGGCAAAGGGAGGGCCCACAGGCGACAUGCUGUCAAAUAAUAUGGCAUAAAAGUUGGGCAUAUCUUGUACUCUAUAGUUACUUUCAUGUCUAUAUUGGGGGUCUGUGUAUAUAAACAAGUAUUAUGGAAUAAAACUUGUUUGGCUUAUGUACAGGCCAACAAGCAUGAUGUACAAAUUGUUAAGCAUUGAAUUAGAUGGGAGAAACAAAAUUUUAUUAA